AUGACUUCAGUCGCUCCUCCUGUCUUCAAGCCAUUCACCCUCACGCUUAUCCAACUUGGUUCUAUCGGCUCUGACAAGGCAGCCAAUCUUCACCAUGCUCGCGAGAUGAUCAUGAAGGCAGCAAAGAGCAAUUCAGACAAGAGGCCUCAAGUUGUUGUAUUGCCGGAAUGUUUCAACUCACCGUACGGCUUUGUUCACUUCCCCGCGUAUGCCGAGAGCAUUAGCUACACUGCUGGCAAGGAGUAUGAUAUUCAAGCGAGUGUAAGCGAAAGUGUGAAGAUGCUGUCUUCUGCUGCGAAGGAGGCGGGAAUCUGGCUCAUCGGAGGUUCGAUACCCGAGAGAGAUGUGGAGACGAACAACAUCUACAACACCUGCACUGUGUAUUCUCCGACAGGUGCACUUGUUGCAUCACAUCGCAAGGUUCACCUAUUUGACAUCGAUAUCCCUGGGAAGAUAAAAUUCAAGGAGAGCGAAACGUUGACAGGAGGAACGACGGCGAACUAUUUUGACACUGAAUUUGCACGUAUUGGGCUCGGUUUAUGCUACGACGUCAGGUUCCCGGAACUAGCGAUGAUUGCGGCACGACGAGGUUGUCAUGCCAUGGUUUAUCCUGGGGCAUUUAACCUCACCACUGGACCUUUGCAUUGGGAACUGCUUCAACGAGCUCGGGCCAAUGAUAACCAGGUUUUCUUUUCCAUGUGCAGUCCAGCACGGGAUAUGACCGCUGGGUACCAUUCAUGGGGGCACUCGAUGGUCGUUGACCCAUAUGGCCAUGUACUUGCGGAGGCUGAUGAGAACGAGACGAUUCUGCAUGUCGAUAUCGAUCCUGAACCAUUCCACGAGGUAAGAGCUGGAAUACCAGUCACAAAACAGCGUCGCUUUGAUGUCUAUCCCGACGUGAGCGCUUGAUAAGGUAUGGAGAACAUAGGGCAACAAUGUAGCUAUGUAGUCUUUCGAUAAUCGACAAUAUCUUUCGAAAAAGGGGGAUCGUUGAAGCAUGACUCGUGAUUCUUUGACUACAACCCUAGUAGAAGAACUUUAGAGGGUCCAGAUUAGUACUACUCAUCGAGCUGUGUCUACGAAGCUGUGUGAGCUGAUGGCAAGGUGGCAGUGAAAAAUGAUCGAAAAAGGACCG